UUCCUUAUAUUAAUAUUCGUUCUUUAUUCAAUAAGAUUCAGUCAAAACGUAGGUACGUUAGGUGCUCAAAUCUAUGGAUAUCUUAAAAGCAGAAAUUGCCAAGAAACGGAAGCUUCUCGAGGAAAAGAAUGUUUUGAAUGCAAACAAAAAGUAUUUCAAAAGAGGAGACCUUCUGGCAAAAGAACAAGAGGAAUAUUUCAAGAAAUAUGGCCAGUCAAGUAAAGAGGCUGAGGAAGAGAAGCGGGACACAGAAGAAAAGCGGGAAAAAGCUAAAAGACAAGAAAGCAAUGAGUCAGAGCAAACAGAAAGUGCACCGCUACCAAGGUUAGAGGUUAUAAAACGGUUGAGAGAGAGGGGCCACCCAAUACUAUUGUAUGGUGAAAGUGAAGUACAAGCAUUCAGAAGAUUACGACGGAUUGAAAUACAAGAACCUGAAGCCAACAGGGGCUUUAGAAAUGAUUUUCAAGAAGCUAUGGACAAAGUGGAUGAAGCGUACCUUAAUGAAAUACUAGCCCUUGGAACACAAAGUGAUACUGAAAAGUCAUUAAAAGAAGAUGCCUUAGAUGAUUCUGUCACAUAUGAGUUUAUCCAAGAAAUGGCCAAAACUAUGGGUCAAGGUGACAGGAACUAUGAUAUGAAUGUUAUCAUGACACUGCUACAGUUUCUUUUAACAAUGUGGGGGCAACAACUCAAUUCUGCAACUGCAGCUGAGAAAAAUACAGUAAAGCAUAAAAUGACUCGGGCAACAUACACUCAAACACAGGUGUACCUUAAGCCCCUCAUGAGGAAACUCAAAAAGAAAAAUUUACCAGAAGACAUUUGUGACAGUCUCAUGGAAAUCACUAAGUGUUUAUUGGAGAGAAAUUACCUAAUGGCAAGUGACGCAUACCUCCAGAUGGCGAUUGGUAAUGCUCCAUGGCCCAUCGGCGUGACUAUGGUCGGUAUUCACGCUCGUACAGGACGAGAGAAGAUUUUCUCCAAGAAUGUGGCUCACGUCAUGAACGACGAAACUCAACGAAAAUACAUCCAAGCCCUCAAAAGACUCAUGACUAAAUGCCAAGAAUAUUUUCCGACUGAUCCUUCUAGAUGCGUUGAGUAUACCACAACAGUACAAUAAAUAUCUAUCUGUUGGGAAAAUA